GUCGUGUGCAAGUCUGGGACUAAAGCUGACGUAUGCUACACAAGUGUCACUGUGCUGUAUCGCUAAACGUUUUUGAUCAUCACAGUAGAAAAAGAAACUGGUCAGUUUACUGUGUUAAAUAAUCAUGGUGGCUCAAAACUCAGACACAAGAAGUGAAGCGUAACAAAAAGACAACAACAUACAAACGCUUAAAAAUGAGGGAAAGAACCAAAAGUCAGAAAGAUUUGAUGAAUGAAGAUAAAGUAUUAGAUAUACACACGGCAGUUUACGAUGGAGUUGAAAGUUAUUUUAAUGAUGAAAGCAACUUGUGCAAUAGCAAUGUAAACGCGCAAACUACUAAGGGCUGGACACCGCUAAUGGUUGCGUGUAGUAUAACGGAUCGAACAUCAAUAGCAGAAACACUUUUAAAAGCUGGGGCAGAUGUUAAUUUAAUUAAUAAUGAAGGAUGGACAGCGAGAGAGUUAGCUCAAUUUUUUAAACUUGAUGAGAUUGAGAAUCUAUUCAAGCGGACGGGCGGAUGUUUUAAUGGCGAACCCGUCACGUUGCAUCCUUCACUAAUUACAGAAACAAUCAGACCAGAUUGGUGCAAGUGUGGAUCUUGUCUCCCCCAAGACUGCAAGGAAAAAGAAGUUUGUUGCCAUCAAAUCCGCGACAAGAUUAAAAAGAAGAAGAUGAGGAGAUUUGUGGAAAAAAAAUGCAUCACCACGUCAGGAAGCUUUAAAGACACCUCACUAAAUAAAACGUAUCUGGAUACUAAUUGGAGUAAAUUUAAAUUUGGAUCAAAACCAUGCACUACACCUGAAUACAUUGAACUGGCGUGUAAAGUUUUUAAGAUAAACGUCACGGGUCAGUGCAUCGAAGAAAUGGUCGUUCCGGCAUGUGUUUUACAAGAAACUGAGCUAAAAUUUUCUUCAGAAAAAUGUACACACGAAACGACUGGGUAA